AGAUCAAAGAAGCUUUUGUUUGUUUUUUGCUGCAAUUCAACCUUUACUGUAGUUUGAAAUAGCUAUUGUAUUGUUGAUUACAACAGUGGGGUUAGCUUGCGUUUUCCUGUCGAAUUCUAACGGCGCUCUGGUGCCGUUGGACCCAUAACUUCACCGGAUUUGUUAUCUUGUUUCCGAUUCAAAAGUCCAAGAUGCUUCCGCUCACCUUACUACGCACGGCUACCAACCACCCUAUGCUGGUGGAGUUGAAGAAUGGUGAGACAUACAACGGCCACUUGGUUAGCUGCGACAAUUGGAUGAACAUUCACAUGAGAGAAGUUAUCUGCACAUCCAGAGAUGGUGAUCGCUUCUGGAAGAUGCCCGAGUGCUACAUCCGUGGCAGCACGAUCAAGUAUCUUAGAAUACCUGAGGAAGUCAUUGACAUGGUCAAGGAGGAAGUACUUCCUAAGCGGCAGCAGCGAUCAGAACGCGGAGGGCGAGGCGGUGGUCGUGGUGGUGGUCGUGGAGGCGGCGGUGGCCGUGGAGGAUCGUUUGGAAACCGUGGGGGUGGUGGCGGCGGACGCGGAGGUCGCGGUGGAGCACAGGGUGGUGGCGGUGGUCGCGGAAAGGGACCUGGUCGAGGUGGAGAAGCACGAGCACCAUGACGGUGCCGAUGGUUGUUUACAAAGCGUUUUGCUUACUGGACAAAUGCGGCGUGCCGCUGUUGUGUACCAGGGUGUGCCGCUGUUGUGUACCAGGGUGUGCUACGUCCGCACUCCUAGCUUUGUGAAUCUAACUUUCCAAGUGCCUGCUCGAAUGCACAUUAUGUUUUCACCGUGUGGAUAAGCCACAACCAGCCACGUGCAGUAGACCAGGAUUACUUUGAAAGCUCGCUGAGCAGUGCAGCAUUGCAUGCCAGGGUUUUAUAAUUUUGUACACACACACAAACACGCACAACACUGUUUUGACAAGCUACUGCAAGCGGUAGUUGUGUGUACACUCUCUUUUCAUCACCGCUUUCAUCAUCUUCAUACUCGUGUACAAAAUCUCAUCAUAACUAAUACCUCAUUUUGGAAGUAACUAAAAAUACAGGAUUUCGUGAUAAUAAAUGGCCAUUAUAAAAAAUAA